AUGAGUGGGAUCAGUUUGAAUGAGUUUAAUCUUAGAUCUGCUAUUGAACGUUACAAUAAAAAAGACAAAGCAAAUGCCAGGAGUUCCUAUUUAACUUUUAAAGAACUUACUAACUCUACCUAUGCAAACUCUAAUGAAGAAUCCAAAGUUAAAAUCUUUGGUCAGGCCAUGCUUUAUCUUGCACUUUGUAAUAUACAUGAGUUCGGUGUUGAACAAAAUGAAAAAACUGAUCCCUUAUCCAUAGCAAAAUAUCUUCAUGAUAAAAAAAGAUAUGAAGAUGCUUGGAGGAUUUAUUCAGAACGAGCUAAAGACGAUGAGGUAAAAUUGAAGGCUUUGAGUAAUAUUGCAGAUUACUAUAUACUGGGACAUGUCAGAAGAGAUGAUGUUCUUGGUUUUAAAAUUGCAUUUGAAUUUUACAGUAAAAAAGAAUAUAAAGAAACAUUUGAGAUUUUUUCAAUACUUACUUUUAGUCAAGAUAGUGAAAUCAAAUUUCUGGCGACAUGUUUAAUGGCAUCUUGCUACUUAUUUGGGCAUAAUGUCAGAAAAGAUAAAGAUGAAGCUUUUAAACUCAUAAAUAAAUAUUUUUAA